CAGGGGCCAAACCAGCGCCCCAGUCCUGUCAGAAACCUCUCGAACUUCCGCCACACUCAUCAUGACGGCGACAACCGCCUGGUACGUAACUUCCGCCCACGGCCGGAAGUGUAGGACUCUGGUAGCAUGGCGACGGCGAAGGUGAAGCAGGACAUGCCCCCGCUGGGGGGCUACGGCCCCAUCGACUACAAGCGGAACCUGCCCCGUCGGGGUCUGUCGGGCUAUAGUAUGCUCGCUGUGGGCUUUGGGACCCUGCUCUUCGGCUACUGGAGAAUGAUGAAGUGGAACCGCGAGCGCAGAGUCCUGCAGAUGCUGCGGGAGAACCUGGAGGAGGAGGCCAUCAUCAUGAAGGACGUGCCUGACUGGAAGGUUGGCGAGUCAGUGUUCCACACAACGCGCUGGGUGCCUCCCAUGGCGGGCGAGCUCUACGGACUGUGUACGAAGGAGGAGCUGCUCAGCUCCGACUAUGGCUUCAUUUGGCACAUAUAGGAGGCAGGAGCCCGCUGCGACCUUCCCUGCCCCCAGGAAGAGAAUAAACACUCUGAAAAUCGG